AAAAAAGUGCCCCUGCUCAUUAAAAAAAAAAAGCCGUCAGAAGCAAGAGUCCAGAAAUCACCAAGAAGAAUCCAGCGAGAAUCUGCUUUUUAUCUCCAUGAGCAAAUAUGGUUUUUAUCACGUGUACAUCGGCGGAAUUUGUAGGAUAAAUCUUCCGGAUUUAGCCCAUUAAAGUUGUCAGUGUGGCAGUGAAGUUGUUUGACUUUAGAGUCUCAAAUUUGGCACGAGCAGGCUAAUUUACUCAAGGCGGCUGCGGAAGAAAGUAGGAACAUGUCAACGGAGGAAAGAUACAAGUUGGUGGUCGUGGGCGGUGGAGGUGUGGGGAAAAGCGCACUUACUAUCCAGUUCAUUCAGUCUUAUUUUGUGUCUGAUUACGACCCAACCAUUGAAGACUCGUACACUAAAAUCUGCACCGUGGAUGGGAAGGAGACACGAUUAGAUAUCCUUGACACAGCAGGACAAGAAGAGUUUGGAGCAAUGAGAGAGCAGUACAUGCGCUCUGGAGAGGGAUUCUUACUGGUGUUUGCUCUAAAUGACAGUGGCAGUUAUAAUGAAAUUCAGAAAUUUCACACUCAGAUUUUGCGGGUGAAAGAUCGAGAUGACUUUCCCAUGGUCCUUGUUGGCAACAAAUCAGAUCUUGACCAGCAGAGAGUGAUCUCAAGAGAGGAAGCCCUGGGGUUUGCCCGAGAAAAUAGGAUCCACUAUAUGGAGUCGUCAGCUAAGAACCGCCACAAUGUAGAUGAAGCCUUUAUGGAGGUUGUGCGAGCAAUAAGGAAGUUUCAGGAAACAGAGAGUCCACCGCUCCCUUCUAAUCACGCUGGGAAGCAGAAGAGUGGUGGCUGUCCCUGCACCCUUCUCUGAUGGCCCUCUGCACUGUUGCCUAGGAGACUGAAGUCCUCACUCUCACACCUGGUGCCUUAUAUGUCUACACUGCACGUGUGUGUGUGCGCGUGUGUGUGCACGUGUGUGUGCGUGGCUGUAUGCAUCAAUGUUUUAGUGGCUUUUACAGUAUGUGUGUAAUAUGAAUGGGUUCCCAAGGAGGAACUGAAUCUAAUGCAAGAGAACCGUGAAUCAGUUGGAAAGGGUGACCUUUAGAUCUUGUUUCAUCCACACAUUUUAUUAUGUGCCUUGUAGAAUUAUAUCUCUUUUGAUUUCAGAUUCAAGCACAGUAUUUUCAUCAAAGUAUAAGGUUGCAGAUUGAUUGUGUGUUGAGAGAGAUAUUUUUUUUUUAAAUUCACCACAGAGGUAGGAGCAGGGAAUAGCAACAAUAUAUGUUUAAACAACCCACAUGAGCGAUCACAUGCUGUUGACUAAGCUUUUUGAUGGUUCUAGUGUUGCUUGUAUGUCAUCUUAAGUAUUGGUUAUUGACUCAAAGACAGAGAAUAGUUUAUUAGCUUAGACUCCUGUUUAGUAUGUCCCUUCUCUGGGGAUUCAUUUAGUCAGUGAGACUGCACUGAAAUGGCUGCUCUACUGUACACCUUGUUUUUCCUCUCUCUUUUACCAUCAAUGGCAACAAUAGUAUUGAACCAGCUUCUUUUAUGUAUCUCAUCCUGAUUAAGCAAUGUUGGACACUGUAGGGAUGACUAAGAUGUUUUAACAUGUGGUUUUAAUAAUUAGUGUUUUUUCCUUGUUUUAAAAAAGAUAGUGGGAAGACGGUGGUGUUAAAACAAUGGGCCCAGUAUCUGUGUAAUGCUUGUAUGCAUAUAAACCAAAGGCUAUACUGUAUAUGUUUGCACACCUUUGUCCUCAUGAAUAGUUAUCUAAUGUAGUUUAACACUAAAUGGACAGGUUCUGUGGUUUCGGGGGAGUUGGGGGGGGGGGUGGCAUUUUGAUGUCUUUUUGAAGGUACUUCUCAUUGUGUGUAUGCAGAAUACGGCGGUCUGUCUCCAGAGUCACAUGCUAUUGUUGGACAUGAUGUACUUUACUUGAUUUUUGCACCUUUUAUUAGUAGUCAGUGAUGAAAAAGCGAUACACAAAGAAUUGCCAAAUGAAUUUACUAACAAAAUAUAGUAUUUUGAGGGAAAAAGUCACUCUGUCUAUACAAAAUACAUAGCCAAAAUGGCAUAGUUUAGGGUGAAGAAAAACCAGACAAGGUGCUUUUGCCUGAGUCAAACUAUAUAGUUCUUACACAAGGGAGCGCUACACACACUUACACAGACUUUAAUCAAGGGAAAUUUUUUUUUAUUUUUAUUUUUUUUUACUGAGACUAAUUGUCUUUUAGCUUGGGUUUGUCAACUGCAAAUAAAGAACAAAGCACUAUUUCAUUUUGAAAUGUUGAGAGAAAAAUACAACAUUGUAAUAUUAUUCUCAUUCAUGUAUUUUCAAUAUCAUUCGAUGUCUUAAGUCUGAUCAUUUCAAUCUUUUUAUUUUAAGCCUUUUUCCUUGAUGGCUAUGAGAUAUCAAACACCAUUUAUUUUUAAUAAUAAAAGUUGCAAUUUUGUAUCUAAAUCUAACAAUAGUCUUUUGUACACAAUUAAAAUAUGUACUUAAACGGUGCCAUUUGAGAGUCUUGAUUUAUGGGUGAAAAUGUUUUGGUGUUUCAUUUUGAUAUUGUACGGGAUUCACAGUCUUAACACAAUGUGAAUGUGUAAAUCAAUGGACUCUUGAUAAACUAAUGCAUGACAGACAGUAACGCUUUAAACAGGCUUUGUAUAAUUUACUAAUGAUAAAACUUUACAUAUUAUUUUGUUUUAAAUAUAAAGUGAUUCAGGUAAAUCUUCUCAGUCUCACAUGUGAGGUAUGAUUUCACUUUUUCACCAGAAAAUCACAGGGAACAAUAUUAGUAUUUCAUAAUACAGGUGCAUCUCAAUAAAUUAGAAUGUUGUGGAAAAGUUCAUUUAUUUCAGUAAUUCAACUCAAAUUGUGAAACUCGUGUAUUAAA